AUGAGAAAGAUUAUAAGGUGUGUGUAUAAGGAGUAUGUGAUCGGGGACUUUGAGUUUCUGCCGUGGACGGCCCAUCCUCGGACCUCCAGUGAAUGGCUUCUAGAGCUAAAAGUCUAG